UCCCCAAGACAAUAGUCUUUAAGCUGAUCUGAAUGCGGGAAACGGUGUUGGAGUUUGGCAAAGGAACUGAGGUCGUACUGAGAGAAUAGAAGGGUAUCUUAGUCCUGUUAGAAUGUAAACAGAUCAAAUUUAAAAUCUUUUCACCAAGAAAUAAGGCAGAACGAGAUUCACCUCUGAGGAAGAUGGAGCUGUUUUGGAGCGCUCUUAUUCUUGUGUGGUGUUUGCGUUGCUGGAAAACUCAAGCUUUUAUAUUCGAGAAGGAUGGAUACAUGUACAAAAUCACGACCAAGCGCGACGACCGACGAACAUUUUACGAAGCGGAAGAGAUCUGCCAACAACAAGAGAAUGGACACCUUGUCAGCAUCAUGGGCUACAAGCAAAAUGAAUGGCUUAACAGUAAAAUCCGUCUCGUCUUGCAGUCAAAUGAUGUUGAGAAGUUCUGGGUGGGCGCAAAUGAUAAGAAGAGUCGAGGGAUUUUCCAGUGGAUGGAUGGCAAACGGUUCGUUUAUUCCAAGGCCAUGUUAGCAUCCGCCAGAUCAAUCUUCAAGAAGCGCUACGAAAAUGAGCGAUGCUUAUAUCUCAGGUCCAGUCCUUCUGGAGCUGUUUGGGCCGACGUGGACUGUUACGAGUCAAUGGGGUACAUUUGUAAGAUUCAAGGUUAUCCAAAAAGAAUUAUUGGACGAACAAGAUUUGGAUACGAAUUCGAUUACGGCCACUACAUCUAUAAGAUCAUCUUAAUGUCCUACGACACGCUUCCUUGGCCUGAAGCAGAAAUCUACUGCAAGCACGUUGAAACAGCUCACUUGUUAAGCAUCGAAACCCCCGAUGAAAAUCAACUCGUUCAACAAACCUUGAGGCAAGUGCGUGCUGUGUAUGGAUUCAGACGGCUGUGGAUUGGCGCGAGCGAUUUUUACGACGAAGGCAACUUCAUAUGGUCUGAUGGAAAACCAGUGAACUUCAGUAGAUGGGCAGCCAAUGAGCCUUCGGGAAAACCACGUGGUCAGAGGCGUGACUGUGCUGUUGCUACCAUAACAACGGACGAUGUACGCUGGUACGACGAAGAGUGUUUGAUGGAGCUGCCGUUUAUUUGUAAAAUUAAAAUGUGUAAUGUGAGAGUAGAUGUUGGAUUCGUCAUCGACAGUUCAGGCAGUGUGACGGGGUCUGGCUUCUUGCAGGCCAAGCGUUUCGUCAAAGCAAUGAUAUCAAGAUUCGACGUAUCGCCUCGGAAAGCCCACGUCGCGGUUAUCCGAUACUCUACUGAAGCAAAACUCAUGUUCCGACUUGACCAAUACUUCUCAGCCGAAAGCCUUGCUCGGGCAGUUGAUAAUAUCGCUUAUAUCCAAGGCGGAACAAGGACCCACGUUGCUCUUAAGAUAGCAAGAGAGAGUCUGUUCACAGUAGAAGGAGGCGCGAGACCUAUGAUCUCCAAAUUCAUGAUCCUAUUGACAGACGGAGCGUCAGAGAACUCAAAACUCGUCGCUCACGAAGCGAGAAAACUGAAAAAGACUGGUGUGUAUGUUGUGGCGGUGGGGAUUGGGCCGAGCGUGAACAGGAGGGAAUUGAUAACUAUAGCGUCUACACCGGAUGAUGUUAUCAAUGUUAGAUCAUUUGAAUCUUUGUUGGAGAGAGUGACUGAGAUUCGUGCACGAGUGUGUAACGGUCAGUCCGUUUGAGGGAAUCCUUAGCAUGUGAAGUGACAUGGAGUGUGGUUAUGAAUUAUUCAUUGCUGUGCCCAUCAAUAAUCUGCACUUAUUUCUUGACCACACCCUCCACCUCGAACGUAACAGCUUACCGUUUUAGGUCAACAUGCAUGUCAUUUCCUUGAGUACUAUUUCUUUCUCAAGUGGAAUAAAUAUUCCAUUUUAAGAGGUUGUAUCCUCCUAUAGCUAGAGUAAUGCAUGUCUAUAAAAUCGUUUGAAAUGUAUUUUUAGUUGGGAUGCAAUACUUAGUUUCAUGUUGGUCAGUCCAAAGAUAUUCAUAUUUGAUUCCGUCACAAGAAUUUCAAACAGCCUUAGUUUUAGGCUGCUAAUAUUGUCUGGUGUGAUUUGCGAAACGUGUCUACUUUUAAAACCUUUUCUGCUCGUGAUGAUGGUAUGAGAUACUAAUGACGAGAGCCAUUGGCGUCAAGAUAGAGCGAUAGUGAUACCCGCUGACCUCAUUUAAGCACGCGAUCAUCGAACCCUCCAUCGAUGACAGAAUGGAAUCUAAAUUGGUCAAUGAUUUAUGGGUAAUUCAUGGCCGAAAGAGAAAAUCAAUAAACAAACCACAUAUCAGACA